AAAAUGGCGGCCCCCAGUGGUGUUCCUUCCGUACGGAUCCUUUGAAACACAUGGGACUGAGCUCGUUUCCUGUCGUCAGGAUGGCAGUGUGCGUGACCCAGAGAAUCGGAUCUCACUUGGCCAAAAUUGCUUCCGCAACCCGGAGCAUCCAUUGCAGUGCUGUUGACCAAGCCGGUGGCGAAUGGAGGGUGAGGCAAGGUUUCCCUGUCAACCCUUCAGAAUAUGGACCUUUAACAGACCUGCCUGAUUGGUCUUUUGCCGAUGGGCGACCUGCUCCCCCAAUGAAAGGUUAUCUCCGUCGGAGGGAAAAGAACGCCGAGCUUGCACGUCGUGUGGUUGAGAUCUCUGCAGAGAUUGAUCGUGGGAUGGAGAAAUGGGAAGCCAAGCAGAGAGAAGCGGAGCAAGCAGCUCAGGAAAAACGACGCAAUCGGCUCCAGCCAAAAGCAUACUUUGUUCCAGAAACCCCCAAAUAAAUACUUAAAUUUUGUGUGA